AACUACACCCUCGAGGUCGUCCUUGUCCGAAUACUUCUCAAUCGUCGCAGCUUCGUCUUGGGGUCGAAAUCUCACCCGAAAGAAGCGGUGUGAGCAACAAAUACCAGGUCUGCGAAGGCUCUCGAGAAUCGCGGAACCACAUCCUACCUCUACCGCAUCCCUUACCCAACUCUGUACGAGUAGUACACACAAUGGCACAACACGGUUUCGGCCAGUUUAACGGCGCCCACGGUGGCGGCGGGAGCAUCGAUCCCAAUGACCUGGCCAUGGGCGGAAACUAUGGAUCAUCCUACUCAAACAACUACAACUCGAACUCAAACUCUGCGAACAACCCAAACGGCUUCUCCAGUGGUUCCGCCCUCUUCGGCGACGACGAGCUCCUCGAUGGUCUGGGAAGCCCGACUGAGGCCCAGCCCGGCAUGCAUGGUCAUGGCCAAGACUUUGCCGGCGGGAUGUCGGACAUGGGCAUGGGCUUUAACCAGACCAUUUACGGUUCUCACCACGGCCUGGACCAAAACCACAUCAAUGGCUAUUCUAACACUCCGGACGGCGAUCCAAUCCAGAGCCCAUUCGUUCACAGUUUCAACAACUCGCAGUUCGGGCAGAUGCACCACCGCCAGGCGCUCGGCACCUCGCUUCAAUCUCCCAUAUCCUAUUCCGGCUCACCUUUGGCUGGUUCGGAGCUGACUGGUGAUGCUGCUGACGCCAACUACCUCAACGCUAAAAACCGAGCUAGGAUGGCUCAGGCGAUGCAACGGAAGAGCUCCUCAACCAAUACCCGCAGCCCCAUGACUCCCAAGUCGGCAAUGCACUCCGUGCCCAUGGCGACACAGGAGUCUUCCGGCUUCGGCGCUCAGUCUAUCCGGACCCAAGGUAUCCACGAGAAGUCACCCUCUGGAGGCCAAUGGAUACAGACCCCUGCGGGCAGCAUGGCAGCGUCGUAUGGCUCCGGUUUCUCGUCGCCUAUCCAGCCCGGGCUUGCUCAGCUCAACGAAGUUAUGAUGAAGGGUGGCACUUCGAUGCCUGCAAAGCUUGGUGUCCAGCCUGGCGGCGCAGUUUCGUCCCAGGAGAUGAAGCGAAAGCGGCGCAGAGAGUCCCACAACCUAGUCGAGCGACGUCGACGAGACAACAUCAAUGAGAGAAUCCAGGACCUUAGCCGACUGGUGCCUGCGCAUCGCUUGGAGGAUGAGAAGAUCCGUAAGAUGAUCCAGAACGGUACCCCUCUGUCGCCUACGCUGUCCGGCAUUUCGAACCCUUCCCAAGCCACCUCCGGUCUCGCCGGUCCAGGCGCGCGCCGCGCAGCUGGCGCAACAGGCAACAUCACGACCGGCCUCCCUAUCGAGGACAAGGACAAGGGACCUAAUAAGGGAGAUAUUCUCAACGGCGCUGUCAGCUGGACAAGAGACCUGAUGUGGAUGCUUCACUUGAAGCUUCAGCAGCAGGAAGAGCUGAUGAACGCCAUUGCGGAACUCGGCGGCCAUUUUCCAUUCGAGCUGACCGAGGAUGAGAAGCGCAUGCAAACCGAGCUGAUGGAAGCCAUCUCCAAGAACGACACAAUGGGCUACACGCGCACGAGCGGGUCCGGCCUCAGAGUACCCCAUCACACUGACUUCCGCGGCGAACCCCUCAACGGUUCAGGCAGCUCGGCCGAGGCUGUCUCUGUCAGCCCGGGUGACAACAACAACCGCAAUGGUACGGGUCUGACCAAUGACCUCGGAGCCGGCAACGAGUUCUGGAACGACCCUGAUGACGAUGACAGCGGCCCAGCAUCACUCAACUUCAAGGAAGAGGACGAGUUCGGCAUGGAUCUGACACAAUAGGACUGUGUCGUCCAUGGCAGCUUUCCUCCAUUAUGGAAGUGAUGCUAGCACCACCGCGGCCAUGUCUCAGCAGGGAGGGGCAGCCAUUCAUAUCCUACUCCCCCAUAAUCACCUACCCGUUUCUUUGCAUCAGCGCAGGCCUUCUUCCUUUUCUUGCAUCCAUCUGGUCGUUGAGGGGGUUCGAGGAUUUCGGUUGGGAACGGCGUUGUGGGGGACACCUACCUGGCGGCUGGAGGCUUGCAACUGGGCAGCGAAGCAUAUCGUGGAGGAAAGGAAAUGAUUUGUGUUUUGAUUUUCAUGGGGUUCUUGCUUGGGUCUCAAUUCUGGUUUCUUCUGGGUUUCCUUAUCGAGCAUUCAUCUAUCGGCAGACGUGAUACCUCUGGUGGGAUCGGAUAGGCAUUUACACUGGCUUUUUCUUCAUCUUCUUUCGCCUUUCACCUUAUGUAUCGAGAGCGAUGUCGCAGGUUAUUAUCUCCGCUGGACAGGUGGUCCCUAUUGCAGUUUGUUUAUCCGUUUUAUGGAAUUGCUUUCCAUCUUUGGCUUCUAUCUAUCUUAAUG